AUGUCCGGUGGUAAUUGGCAAUAUAACAAUUGGAAUCGACCCGGGCAACCGCCAGCUCAGCAAAAUCAGGAUGAUUUGUACCAAAAUCCGCAGGCUGGCUACGGCUAUAAUAAUCAGCAGCAGCAGCAGCAAGGGAGGCCUCAGCAGUAUGCCGGGUACCCGCCGCAACGUCAGCAACAGCAGUACAAUAUGAAUGCGUAUGCUCCCCGCCAGCAGCAGCAGCAGCAGUACCAGCAACAGCAGCAAAAUUAUAUGAUGCAACACCAGCAACAGCAUCAGCAGCAACAUCACUACCAUCAGCAGCAGCAGCAACAAUUCAUGUUUAAUGCGAAUGCCAACGUAUUUGUGCCACGGGGUCAUGCACAACAGCCUCCGGCAGAAUACGGGUUUUACAAUGGGCCGCCCGUUCAUCAGCAACACUAUCAGCAGCAGCAGCAGCAUUACGGCGCCGCCACGUCUGCUCCGUCGUCUUCCUACAACGUUAUGUAUCAACAGCAGGAGGAUACGGGUAUCGACGCGUUUGCUCAAUUCGGCCAACAAUCACAGCAAUAUCAUCCGUCGCCUGAGCUCAGUGAGCAAAUCAACGCGAGCAAAUGUUCGCCGUACUUGACGGAGAUUCUCGUCGGCUGUGAACAACUGAUAGCCGAAGGAGAAGAAGACUCGCCGACGUGGAUAUCAGCGAUUCGUCAGCGAUUCGAAGAUCCUCAAAUGGACGAGGUGUCGAAGAAGAUCGGAGUGAAGUUGAUCAUCGAAAUGGCGUUCACUAUGGAACCCAAUCAAUUCCGUACUGCCGAUCCGCAGAACACAUUUUCAAAUCUUUUGAAGACUUUGUCGUAUGAAGUGAAGGAUUUUCUGCGUGUCUUUAUUGUGCCAACUCUUGGAGAGUACCAUGAGGGCCGGAAGCAGUUGGAAAAUGAUUCACGUGUCUAUAUGGCAGUGUUUUAUGCUGAAGUUUUUGUCAAAUUGACUUUGGACAAUGGAAGCCGCUUCGACAAGAUCGGUGCAGCGUUGGCCGACCAAAUCGAAGAAAUUCUGAAAUUCCAGCCAAAAGACGAGUAUAUGAAGUGUCUGCUGAGAGCAUUCAAGGUCGCCGGCGCCGAGUUGGACACUUCAGAAGAUCUGAAGCUUCGUGCCGAUCAUAUAUUGACGAUUAUGGGAGGCUAUGCGAAAGGAUCGCCGCUUCUCGGAGAUUCAGUGAAAGCUCAGAUCUUUUCACUUAUCGAAUGCCGUACUCGCGGCUGGGAUCGUGCGGCUGCUCGGGGACCUGUGAGAAGUUCGGCGGGAGCCGGCGGCGGCGGCGGAUGUGUGGCUGAUCGUGGGGAGCACGACUCCUCGUUCGACGACUCGACUGACAAUGAUCUGACGGAAGAGGAGAGACAGUUCUUGGAGAGCCAUUUGGAGCAAGUUGAGAGCCGGAGAGGUGCUGAGGAGGAUUAUGAUGAGCAGGAGAUGAUGAAGGAGUUUGGGAAAUUUGUCAAGGAGGAAUUGCAGCAGGCUGAGCUAAAAUCCACGUCUGAAAUGCUCCAAAAGCUGGAAAUCGAGAAGGACACCGCCGGCGCCGCCACCGAAACUGACGAAACGACACCAAAAACUGAGGAAAAAUGAAUAUUUUGGAUUUAAAUAUAUAUUUUUUGCAAAAAAAUUGUAGAAAAUGUGUGUCUUUUUAAAAAAUUUGUUUUCCAUUUUUUCCCCACUUCAUUCCCAUUUUUUCCUAUUUUUUCCCGUAGAAACUGUGAUUUCAAAUUUUAAGCUGCAAAAAAAAAUGUUCUCCUCUCCGAUUGCUGGCAGCUGCAAAAAAAAAAUGUUCUCGUUUUAUUUAAUUUUUGAUCUAUUUUUUUUUUCAUUUUCCCCCCAAUUUUUCCCGCGUUUUUUAUUAUUAUUUUGCCCAACACCACAACUCGUCGAAUUUUUUUAUUCCUUUUUCCCCAAUUUUCACAGGCUUCUGGCCUCCCUCAUAGCGUUUUUCAGCGAUUUUCAACUGAAAAUCGCUACGACCCGGCCGUGGCCGAUCUCGCAUGGCCUAAAAAAAUGAGGGCAGCCCCCAGAAGCUCGUGUGUUAAUUUUCCUCCACUCUCCCAGUUUUUUUUUCUUUUUCUGUAAAUCUUGAGAUUAAUCUAUCCCCCGGAAAUUUUUACACGCACUAUUGCGUUUUUUUUUUUUCAUUUGUGAGAUUUAGUAGAACUUUCCCCCCGUCCCAACCCCGUCAGGCAGGCAAGCAGGCAUAAAAUAUUGUGUUUCU